AGGAAGUAGAGAUGGAUACAACGGAGGGCCGUCUGUUUGAGGUGAAAAUAGGGAAGGGAAGAGCGUGGAAGUGGUUGUACGCGGGCUCAAUGCUACUGGGGUUGCUUCUGAUUUGGGUGUACAGGGCCUCGCACGUGCCGGAGGCCGGAGAGAAGGGGAGGUGGGCGUGGACGGCGGUGUUCGCCGCCGAGCUAUGGUUCGGCUUCUAUUGGUUUCUCACUCUCUCCGUUCGCUGGAACCCAAUUUACCGCUUUACCUACAAGGACAGGCUCUCCCAUAGGUAUGAAGAGAAAUUGCCUGGGGUAGAUAUUUUUAUAUGCACUGCUGAUCCCAUUAUAGAGCCCCCAAGCAUAGUCAUUAACACAGUCUUAUCAGUGAUGGCCUACGAUUAUCCAUCGGAGAAACUAAAUGUUUAUCUAUCUGAUGAUGGUUGUUCAAUCUUCACAUUCUAUGCACUACUUGAGGCAUUACAAUUUGCAAAAUCUUGGAUCCCUUUUUGUAAGAAGUUCAACAUCCAGCCUAUGUCACCUUCUCUCUUCUUCUCAAAAUCAACAGUUCCAGUGCAUGAUUCAAGUUUCUCAGAUUGGACAACUAUGGAAAAAUUAUACAAAGAUAUGGAGAGUCGGAUCGAUGCAGCAAUGAAACUUGGAGAUAUUUCGAAAGAAAUUAAGGCAAAGCAUGAAGGAUUUUCAGAAUGGAGCUCCAAUAUAUCAUCUAAGGAUCACCAAGCCAUUGUCAAGAUACUAAUUGAUGGAAGAGAUCAAAAUGCUCGAGACUCCGAAGGAUUUGUAAUGCCUACAGUUGUUUAUGUGGCUCGUGAGAAACGCCCGAAGUUUCAUCAUAAUUUUAAAGCUGGGGCCCUCAAUGCAUUGUUGAGAGUUUCUGAGAAGAUAAGCAAUGGACCAAUCAUUCUAACUAUUGAUUGUGAUAUGUAUGCUAAUAAUGCUGGAUCGGUUAGGGAUGCUUUGUGCUUCUUUAUGGAUGAAAAGCAAGGCCAUGAGUAUGCUUUUGUGCAGUUUCCUCAAACCUAUAAAAACACCACAAAAAAUGACUUGUAUGCAAGUUCCUUAAAAAUUAUUCAAAAGGUGGAUUUUCCAGGGUUAGAUGGCCAAGGAGGUCCACUUUACACAGGUUCAUGUUGCUUCCAUAGGAGAGAUUGCUUGAAAGGGAGAAAAUACAGUGAACUAAGUAACGUCGAGCUUAAAGGGGAAAGACCUCAGAUUCUUGAAGCAAGUAGUAGAAUUUUAGAGGAAAAAACUAAGGAUCUUGCAACUUGCUCCUACGAAGAGAGCACCCAAUGGGGAAAGGAGAUUGGUUUGAAGUAUGGAUGUCCAGUAGAAGAUGUGAUCACUGGAUUUGUCAUUCAAUGUCGAGGAUGGAAAUCUGUAUAUUUCUGUCCAAAAAGAGAGGCUUUUCUUGGACUUGCUCCUACAACACUAUCUCAGACUCUAGUACAACACAAGAGAUGGUCUGAAGGCGACCUUCAAAUUUUCCUCUCCAAGUAUUGCCCCUUCCUUUAUGGUUUCAGAAGAACAAAACUUGGCCUUCAAAUGGGAUAUAGCAUAUACUGCUUAUGGGCUGUCAACUCCAUUCCAACCAUCAUUUAUGCUGUCAUCCCUUCCAUAUGUCUCCUUAAUGAAAUUUCUUUAUUCCCUAAUGUUUUCAGCUAUUGGUUCAUUCCAUUUGCAUAUGUGAUUUCGUUAAGUUAUAUUGUUAGUUUAUGGGAGUCACUUAUCCAUGGAGAAACCUUGAAGGCUUGGUGGAAUGAGAAAAGAAUGUGGCUCUAUAAGAGAACUACUUCAUACCUUUUUGCAUUUGUGGAUGCAAUCCUGAAGAUGCUCGGUAUAAAUGAGUCAGCCUUCGUUAUUACUCCAAAGGUGGUAGAUGAAGAUACAUCUAAGAGGUAUGAGAAAGAGAUAAUGGAGUUUGGGUCUACUUCAUUGAUGUUUAUGAUAUUAUCUAUAGUAGCAAUGCUGAACCUCUUUUGCUUGGUUGGAGGAAUUGGAGUAGUGAUAGUAGAUGGAGCUGGAGCCUUGGGCUCCUUGUUUAUGCAAUUGUUGCUGUGUGGGUCUCUGGUCCUCAUAAAUUUUCCCAUAUUUGAAGCUUCAUUCUUCAGGAAGGAUAAAGGAUGCAUUCCCAUAAGCACAACACUAUCAUCAGUUGCAGUAGUUAUAAUUGCUUAUUUCAUACCUGUAUUUUAGGACAAGGAACUUCUUAUUGCUGUAAUAUGCUUUUGCAAAUAUAGAUGAACAUUCAUUAUACAACAUCAAAUAUUGAAUGUACAAAGGCAUGGACUCUGCAUGUAGGAUAGCCUAUGAUAUGCUCAAUGUGAGUAUACUUAAUUUCGCCUUUUGAUUUAUCUAGAU